AUGGUUAUUGUUGAGCCUAGAGUUGCAGGCUAUAAAGCUAAUGUGAUCAUUAAAAGAACGGGAUUUGAAUUUUCUAACCGAGUAGAGGCCCAAGGUUUUUCUAGUGGCAUAUGGACGUUAUGGAACAAUGACAUUCGGGUUACUAUUUUACAUAAUCAUAAGCAAUUUAUCCACACUUUUUUGAUUUAUGGUAACGAUACUGAGAAUUUUUUCUUUACAACAGUGUAUGGCAGCCCUAAUAUUUCUAAACGUCAUGCUCUUUGGAACAAUCUAUUUUCUCUUAACAUUGAUUGCUCUGAUCCUUGGCUUCUUGCCGAGGAUUUGAAUGCGAUUUUGAGUUCUGUUGACAGGAAAGAUGAGGCUCGUCUCAGAAAUAUUGGGUGCCCGUUUUUCAACAACUUUCUUAACACCGAUGCUUUAGGGCAGCUUAGUUUUGUUGGGCCUGCUUAUACUUGGACAAGAGGCACUCUCUUUCAACGCUUGGAUAGAGGCUUAUGCAAUAAUACUUGGUCGACUAAAUUUCCUAAUGUGGCCGUCCAUCAUCUUGCGAGAAUCAGCUCUGAUCAUCGCCCCGUUCUCAUUAAUCUCUAUAAUCAGAGGAUCAAUGUUAGUACUCAAAACAGCUUCCUUUUCUUGGCUGCAUGGCUCACCCACAAAGACUUCAAUCAAGUUGUCCAUAACUGCUGGAAAAUAGACCUUUCUUUUAAAGAAAAUAUGCUUCAUUUCACUAACAAUAUUAAGGAUUGGAACGCGAAUACCUUUGGCAACAUUUUUUUGGCAAAAAAGAAAUAUUCUUUCAAGACUUAG